AUGGAACCCUCCUUGUGGAUGGGGAGGAGGAGCAGCAGCAUGCAGGAGCUCCUCCUCCUAUCCCUUCACAAGCAGCGUCCUCCCUUCAGCCUUCGUCGACCCUCUCCUACUGUCUGCUGCGCUAGAAGAGUGUCCGGUCAGAACAAAGGAAGCAAGGAAGGAGAGGAGGAGGGCAGGUCGUCGUUCAUGGUCGGGCAGCGACUCGAGCUCCACGUUGAAAGCCUUGUCAUCGGUGGCGGGCAGGAAGCAGGCAGCGGGCUGGCGAGAGCGGAGGGGAAAGUUGUAUUCGUGUCCUCAGGGAUACCUGGAUCAGUGGUGAUGAGGAUGUCCUUGAUGCAGGACGAGGUGUUGGCGGAGAUCACAGCUGUGAAGAAAGACUUCAUGAGUGCGAGAGUGGUUAAGAUCCUUCAAGCCUCUCCUCAUGCGGAAGAAGUUCGGUGCAGAUACGCAAUGAACGCUGGUGGGGAGUGCGGGGGAUGCAAAUUGCUCGGGGUGAAGUAUACGAGAGAGGUAGAGGAGAAGUCAACAUAUAUCAAGAAGCUCUUCAGCUUUCACCAGAAAACCUUCCCCGAGAUGGAAAUCCGGGAGAUCGUCGCGGCAGAGCAAACAGAACAUUACAGAAACAGAAUGGAUUUCUCCAUUGCGCACGUGGAGGUGGAGAGGAGUUCAGGCCAGAGCCAAGUGAGGAUAGGACUGCAUGCUGCAGGGUCGAUGACAAAGGUUGUGGAUGUGGAGAAAUGUUUGCUGCCGUCCCAACUCGCCUUUGACGUCUACACGGCAACACGAAAUUGGAUCCUGCAGUCAGAGUUUCAAGGAUGGAAUGCAGAGACAAAGCAAGGUUUUCUCCGGGAAUUUACCAUCAGGAGCGGAACAAGCGCUAAGGAUGAUGGAAGGGAGCUUGUGUUUGUGAACAUGAUAACGUCAUUGUCUCUCCCGCAAGCUUUUAAGGAGCUGGCAGCAUCAUUGCAGGAAAUAUUUGGUGAGAGUUUCGGUGGUUUCACAAAUAGCGUAUGCGACAAAAAGCAUGAAGUCCCAUCUCCCGAGAACUUGGAAUCAGUCAAAGAGCUGAUCGGGAGCAAGACCGUCAACAUGCGCGUGCGAGGACUCGACCUGCAAGUCUCCUCCUCGUCCUUCUUCCAGACCAACACAAGACAGGCAGAGGUGAAGAAGGAAGAAGCCGACCAAGAGCAGGGGCAGGGGCAGGGCCAGGGCCAGGGCCAGGGCCAGGGCCAGGGGCAGGGGCAGAGGGAGAUGAGGUGCAGGGGCAGGGUGUUGUAUGAAAUCGUUGAGAAACUUUGCGAGGGAGAAGGGGUGAAAGUCAUUUACGACCUCUACUGCGGCACCGGAUCCAUUGGGCUCAGCGUCGCGAAGAAUCAGCUGGUGAAUGUCUAUGGGUUCGAGAUCGUACAAGCAGCUGUGGAGGACGCGAACAAAAACGCGCGCAGGAACAACAUCUCCAACGCGAAUUUCUUCUGCGGCAAUCUCAACUCGAUCCUCAGAAAAUAUUCUCACCUGCCUCCACCUGAUGUUGUUAUCUCCGACCCUCCUCGUGCUGGAAUGUCUGAGGGCUGCGUGAAAGACAUCGUGAAGCUUUCGCCCAAGAAGGUGAAUAGGAGGAGAAGGAGGACGAGGACGAGGACGAGGACGAGGACGAGGACAAGGACAAGGACAAGGACAGGGGAGAACGAGGACGAAGAGGACGAGGAGGAGAAGCAGCAGUGA